GCUCGGGGUCGGGCUCUUUUAAGUGUGUGUUUGAGAGGUCCUUGCAUGCUUUGCGUGCAGAAAUGGGCUCCUCUGUGCACAUGAGGAUUAUUGUACUCCUGGCUGCCAUCUCCCUAACUCAGGUGAUCACUGUCUCCUGCCAGGAAAACCACAACAAUGAUACAUGUGUUGAAAAUGGACAAACAUAUGCCAACAAAGAAAUGUGGAGCCCUGAUCCUUGUCGGAUCUGCGUAUGUGAGGCCGGCAGCACAAUGUGCGAAAGUGUGAUUUGUGAUGACCUUGGAGACUGCGCCCAAACGAUGACCCCGGAGGGCGAGUGCUGCCCGGUGUGCAUCACUCCAGGGACCAUUCCAACAGCAAACCCUUCUGCAGCUCCCACAGAGGAGGAAGGCUCGAGCUGCGAGGUGGAGGGGAAGAUCUACGCUCAUAACGACAUCUGGAAGCCGGUGCCCUGUCGUGUUUGUGUGUGCGACAAUGGCGUAAGCAUUUGCAGCGACGUGCAAUGCGAGGUGGUACCCAACUGUCACAAGGUGGUGACCCCGGAGGGCGAGUGCUGCCCAGUGUGUGAGAAUCUGGCCAGCGCCACAAGGCACAUCGCAAUCAUGGGUUACCGGGGACAGAAGGGUGAACCGGGUGAUAUUCCCCAUCUGGUGGGAAUCCCUGGACCUCAAGGACCCUCCGGCCCUCCAGGUGCUCAGGGGAGAACUGGACAUAGAGGAUUUAAAGGCAGAAGGGGAUUCCAAGGGCCCCCGGGUUUUGAUGGAGAGCCUGGAAUACCAGGGAAUCCAGGAGAGCCUGGCCCCCCGGGUUUCCCCUCUAUUCCUGGGGGUAAUUUGGUGUCACAAAUGGCAUCGGGUUUCAAUGAGAAGUCAGCAGGCCUGACCGGUAUGGUGUCAGGCUCAAGGGGUGAAGCAGGACCACGAGGACCUCCUGGGGCGACUGGACCGCCUGGUCCAAGUGGUGGUCAGGGUCUCCCAGGGGAGGCUGGGGAGCCAGGACAAAUGGGUGAACCAGGUCUUCGAGGGCCAGAAGGAUUGCCAGGAAAAAGUGGUCCUGAUGGUGAAGCUGGACCUGUUGGUGCUCCAGGAGAGAGUGGAUUCCCAGGAUCACUGGGUGCACGAGGACUACCUGGUACUCCAGGAGUUUCAGGUCAAAAAGGUCACAAGGGUGAGAUGGGCAUGUUUGGUCCUAGAGGAGAGCCUGGAGCUGUGGGUAUCAAGGGUGCUUCUGGAACUCCUGGAUCCAUGGGUGCUACUGGCCCAGUGGGGCCACCUGGGUUAGUGGGAGAAAGAGGAAGAGCAGGUCCACCUGGUGCUGUGGGAAAACGUGGAGCUGCUGGACAUGUUGGCAAACCAGGUCCCUUGGGUCCAAUUGGAAUCCCUGGUGUACCUGGCUUCCCAGGUGCCCCUGGACAGAAGGGUGAAGUGGGACCAACUGGUGUGAGAGGAAGUGCAGGUCAGCAGGGACCCAGAGGAGAUGCAGGUCAUGUUGGGCCACCAGGACCCACCGGACAGCAGGGAGCUGCGGGGCCCGAUGGAACAUCAGGUGCCAGAGGUGCAACAGGCCUAGCAGGCCCUAUGGGUCCAUCAGGGCUGUUAGGCCCAGUUGGGCCUCCGGGACCCCAGGGAACCACAGGAAUACAAGGACCAAAAGGACAAGAUGGAGAUGCCGGUGUGGCUGGAGCGAAAGGAGAAGCUGGACUUAAAGGCGAAAGAGGCGACCAUGGUGCUCCUGGUCUGAUAGGCCCCAUGGGAGAUGAAGGCAAGCGUGGAGCCCGCGGUGAUGCAGGUUCUGUCGGUGACCAAGGACCUCAAGGCGAGACAGGAGUCCCUGGGAACCGUGGGUUCCCUGGCACGGAUGGUUUCCCAGGAGCAAAAGGAGCUCAGGGUGAAAGAGGGCUUCCGGGCACAACCGGUACAAAAGGUCUGACAGGAGAUCUUGGAAGACCUGGAGAGCCUGGAUUAACUGGUGCACGGGGAUUGUCCGGAAUUAUUGGUGCCGAAGGAGAAGAAGGCAAGCAAGGACCACAGGGCUCAGCAGGAGAUGAUGGCAAACCAGGCCCAGCUGGUUCUACAGGAGGUCGGGGUUUAGCAGGACCCAUGGGCCUACCAGGACCAAAAGGCCUCGCUGGUGAUCCUGGAAAGAAUGGCGAGGCUGGUAGUACUGGCACACAGGGUCAAAGGGGAAUCAAUGGAAAAGAUGGUGAGGAGGGAGCUGCCGGUCCAACUGGCCCCGCCGGUCCUGCAGGGAAGAGAGGCGAGCAGGGACCACAGGGACCCAUUGGGUUCCAGGGUUUGCCCGGAGUGCCAGGCCCACCAGGAGAAUCUGGUAAACCAGGAACCGAGGGAUUUGCUGGGGAGGAAGGCUCUGCCGGAGCAUCAGGACUGAGGGGAGAAAGAGGCGCACCUGGAGCAAGGGGUGAAACUGGACCCAAAGGACUACAGGGACCUAAAGGUAGUCCAGGUACUCCAGGUCCAGAUGGAUUUAAGGGAAAACCAGGGGUAAAAGGAGCCGUUGGAGAAACAGGAAGUCCAGGACUGCAAGGGAUGCCAGGGGAAAGAGGCAUUCCAGGAUCUCCAGGCCCAAAAGGGGAUGUGGGCUCUAUUGGUGAUGCAGGACUAGAAGGCAAAGCUGGAAUUGAUGGAACUCGUGGUGUGUCUGGGCCAGUUGGACCUCCAGGUGCUGUUGGAGCAAAUGGUGCCAAGGGUGAACCAGGUGCACCAGGACCCAACGGACGCCGAGGAACAAGAGGAGUACCUGGUUCGACCGGUGAGCCUGGUGCAACUGGUGCUGCAGGUUUCCCUGGACCUGCUGGUGCUGAAGGUCAGCCUGGGGUGAAGGGGGAGACUGGGGAGCCAGGCCUUAAGGGUGAGGCAGGACCAAAUGGACCACCAGGAAUGGCGGGCACACCAGGAGUGCAGGGCCCAGUCGGACUGACUGGACUUAAAGGUGGCAGAGGAACACAGGGCGCAUCGGGUUCUGCUGGUUUCCCUGGUCUACCUGGUGGCGUCGGUCCACACGGUUCACUUGGUGCUGUUGGAGCAGAUGGGCCCAUUGGUUUAACUGGAAAGCAGGGCACCCCGGGUAUUCGUGGUGAAAAUGGGGCUCCUGGACUUCAAGGGGAGAUUGGUGCUCCAGGACCGGCAGGCGAUCCUGGAGAGAAGGGUGAAUCUGGAGAGGAUGGUGCUCCAGGUCUUCCCGGACCUCCAGGACCUCCUGGCGCUUCAGGACAGCGAGGCGUUGUGGGUCAUCCUGGUGUGAGAGGAGAAGGAGCCAUGCCAGGCCUGCCUGGUUCCGCGGGUCCUCCUGGAAAACCAGGAGCUCCUGGUAUUCCAGGUGGAAAAGGUCCUCCUGGUGGAGUUGGUCCAAAGGGAGCCACAGGGCCAAGAGGAGAUGCAGGCCCUGAGGGUGUGGUUGGUGAGGAAGGCCCUCCCGGAACCGAUGGACUAUUAGGGGCACGGGGUGAUAGAGGUAAUGCUGGUCCUGAGGGUCUAGCUGGAGGUCCAGGUUCUCCAGGAAAUGAAGGUCCGGUGGGCCCUACGGGCAGUCCGGGAAAGACAGGCGAAAAUGGUGCCAAAGGAUCGCCUGGACCUCAUGGAGCACCUGGAGUACGAGGCAAAGUGGGCCCUCAAGGACCACAGGGAGACAAAGGACCAGAUGGUGAACAAGGAGAGAGGGGUCAGAAAGGUCACAGAGGUUUUACUGGUCUCCAUGGUUUGCCAGGAAUUGCUGGAGCUACUGGGGAUGCUGGUCCUCCAGGUAUCGUCGGACCAGCUGGAUCAAGGGGCCCUCCAGGUUUGGUAGGUCCUGCAGGCAAGGAGGGUAACAUGGGCCAGCCAGGAGCAAUGGGAGCACCCGGAAGCAGAGGAGCCAGUGGUGACAUUGGAGUUCAGGGUCCUGCUGGAGAACCAGGACCUCCAGGGCCUCCAGGCCCACCUGGACCUCCCACUGCAGCUGUGAAGGAAUAUUUUGCAGCUCCCAUGGAUUUUGAUGAGGACGGCAUACCUGAAGCUUUGGAGUUCUUCAAGGAUGAUGUGGCGGUCGUCCCUCCUCCACUUCCAGAGUUAAUUAAAGACGAGGCUCUUCCUAAUAGGAGUCCCAUCAUUGUCCAUAGUACUCUGAAGACCCUUAGCAAGCAUGUGCAGAACAUGCGGAGCCCAGAUGGGACAAAGGAGAAUCCUGCAAAAACAUGUCAGGACAUCAAGCAAUGCUAUCCACAGAAAACAAAUGGAGAAUACUGGAUUGAUCCAAACCAAGGAAGCACUAAAGAUGCCAUCAAGGUGUUUUGCAACAUGGAUAGUGGUGAAACCUGCAUCUCUGCUAAUCCAGCCAAUGUUUCCCGCAAAUCCUGGUGGACAAAAUCCACUCCUACUGUCAACAAACCUAUUUGGUUCCAAUCACAGAUGUUCGACGGAACCGCAUUCCGUUACGGAAAUGCUGAGGAGCAGCCCAACACAGUGGCGGUUCAGUUGAAGCUGCUAAAGCUUCUUUCCAAAGAGUCCCACCAGAGAAUCACCUACCAUUGCAAGAACAGUGUGGCAUAUAAAGAUGCCAAGGGCACCAUGAAGAAAGCCCUGAUCCUUAAAGGCGCCAAUGGUCAAGAGCUAAGGGCCCAGGGCACUAACCGCCUGCGAUACACUGUCAUUGAGGAUGGUUGUGCGAAGUCUAAUGGAAAAUGGGCGAAGACAGUGUUGGAAUACAGGACUCAAACCACCAUCAGGCUGCCCAUUGUGGACAUGGCACCCAUUGACAUAGGAAAGGCCAAUCAGGAGUUCGGCCUUGACAUCGGACCUGUGUGUUUCUCAUAAAAUACAAGACCGGGAGAAAAUUUUGUGUGAGAUUUUAAGAAAAUGACUCCACUUCCUGCGAGCGCUGUGGAUGAGUUACAUCAUUACUGUUACACACGUGGCUGCAAAAGAUGUGUGACUGGUAGAAGGCCACCAUUAUUUAUUCAUCUUGUCUGUGAAAUCUUCAUAUACUCAUUCGAGUAAAAAAAAAAAUCUAAAAAAAAGCCGAACACAAAGAGAUAAAAUGUCCUAAUAGGUAUUUGAAUGAAGAAGAUUACGGACUAACAUAUUUUUAAAUGCAGAAAAUUCAUCUUAAGAGUUUGCACAUGUAGCUCUUAGUUUGGGUAGGAUAAAAUUAUUGAUCCUAAAUUAUAAGUUUCUUUUCAGAAACAUAUUUAGUCUUCCAAAGAAAAUGUGUGUGU